CAUUAUAAAUAGUUUAGAAAAAUGCCAUUUAUUUCAAGCUAUAAUGUCAACUUCUCUUGAGGCGUAUUUAGAAACAGACUCUUUCAUGUCGGGGUCCUGACAAAGGAAGUCGCACACGAACUGCAGCCUUUGGCAUCUUUGCUAAACCCCAACAAACAGCGACGAUAUAUCAAAAUAAAUAAAACUAUCGCGUGAACUAUGAUCUUCAGUCACUUCAGCGAAAUUUGUAAUUGUGCAAACACGAUAAAAGACAUGCAUAUAUGUGAAGAAUGGUGCAUUUGAGGAGUGUGCUAAUUUAGCACAGGACUAUUGUUCCUCAUGUCAUGAUGCCAGCCUGAACUUAAAGAGACCGCUAGCCUUCUGUUGUACCUGCUGAACCUCUCCGAAAUGAUUCUGGCUUCACUAAAAGGAUAGAUCAUAUGCAAAAAAUUUGAUGAAUUCAAACAUUGAUGCUGUGAAUAAAUAUAACAAGACUACUGCAUGAAGUUUCCAAUCAGCAGGUGAAUGAAGGGUCGUCAUUGAGAUGCUGUAGGGGGAAUUGAUAAUCAAUACAGUGAUCAGAGCAUCGACAGAGAAGAUGGACAAGAAAUCCUUUGAUAUCGUCUUGGACGAAAUUAGAAAGUGUGUUUUGACAGAUCAGCGAAUCAAAGCUAUAGAGCAGGUUCAUGGGUAUUUCUCCAGUGAACAGGUGAUUGACAUUUUGAAAUACUUCUCCUGGGCAGAGCCACAAGUAAAGGCAGUCAAAGCCCUGCAGCAUAAAAUGGUUGCAAUUCCAACAACGAAGGUUGCAAACAUCCUUAAUUGUUUCACAUUCUCAAAGGACAGAAUUAUUGUACUAGAACUCAUAGCUCUAAAUAUUUCUGAUGCCCAAAAUUACCGUCCCGUGGAGGAUGCGUUCCGUACUCACCUCGCUGAGAGGAAGCGUGCAAGAAGAAUCCUAGAGCAGGUGUGUAAGGUGGGAUGUAAAGCUCCAGUGGCGAUGAUUUCAUCCUGUGGGAUGAUCCCAGGCAACCCUUAUCCCAAAGGCAAACCCAGCCAGGUCACUGGAACAUUCCCUGGAUUGCCUGCCAAAAAGGAUGGAGACGAUGCAACCCUGGAUGGAAAGGGCAUUGCUGCACGCAUCCUUGGACCAAGCAAACCGUCACCAUCAACGUACAAUCCACACAGACCUGUGCCAUACCCUAUCCCGCCAUGUAGGCCACAUGCAACCAUCGCUCCAAGUUACAGCCGACCUGCCAGUCAACAAAAUCCAACCGCCUACAUCUCCGGCACACCUGCUAUCUCUCCUCAUAACUCCACCGCAUCUACUCCUGUCACCUCCCAGCCUCACCCUACCACACCAAUCACUCCGGUUUUUCCUGGCAUGGUCCCAUCCCAAAACCCUGGAACCCCCUCCCCUACUCCCGCCCCCUCACCCUCAGUCAUCAAAGGGCCUCCUCUCCCAGCUGGCUCUCCCCAAGUUGCCUCAAACUCCAGUGGCCACACCACACCAGUUCCUUCUCCGUUCCCUGGCAUGCCCCCUUCUGGUCGAAACACCCCUUCCGUCAUCAAAAGUCAUACCCCAUCUGGAACACCCUGUGGAACACCCGGGCCAAGUACAAGCAUCCCUCUUUCUCCCUUCCACGGUGCGCCCCACUCAGAAACACCUUCCGGUGGACUCACAUCUACUCCCAGGGCAACUGGUGACCCCUUGACUCCUCAUGGAGCUAUGGGAUUACACUCAAUGAAGGGUUACCCACCUUCCUCAGAUUCCCAGUUAGCACUUUCACUCCCUGGCGCUCCCUCUACCCAGUCACAUUCGGUUAUCCGUAGUUACACACCCUCAGGGAUGUCCUCUGUCACUCCUGGACGCUCUACUCCCAACAUGCAAGGUGUUGGUGGAUUACCAGUGCCGCCUGCGGCUCCAAGUCCUAAGCCCUCUCCUGGACUGACCUCCCAGGCAGCCAUGUGUAGCCCUGCUUUGUUUACCGAGCAAAUUGCCAGCUCCAUGGCCCGGCACGGCGGAGGUAGUGGAAGCAACAGUCCUGUUCCUUCCGCUUUCAAAGGUCCCUCCCGCUCGGGCACCCCUUCUCUUAGCUCUCUAGUAAUGCCUAACUCUACUGUUCUUGCCCGACCCAUGGGCAUGGCCCAUGGUUCUGCCUCGCCACAAUCUUCUUUACCCAGCACUGCUGGUGUAGCUGAACUCCACAGUCUUUACUCAGCUCUGGGCUCUCAAUCUGGAAGCAGCCCUACUCCUCAUUUUCCAGCAAUGUCUCCUUUCCCUGGAACCCAGUCCUCCAUUUCCGCCCCAUCCACUCCUACUCCGCCAGUCUCAUCUGUAUAUUCUGGCCUGGCUCACUCAAGCGCUCCCACACCCUCCCCCUUUGGCCUGGGAUUGACCACAGCUCCCUCCGUGUUCCCGGGUCUUCCUCCUGGCCCAAACCCUGCUUUCCCAGGUUUUGGAGGCUCAGGGCCAACUGCAGCAGGUAGUCCAGUGCUGUCCUCCUUAAUGGGGCUUCCAGGAGCCGCUUCCUCAGUAGCCACCGUUGCACCUCUCCAGGCAGCAGCAGUCGCAGCAGGAGUCCCCUCCUCUUCUCCUGUGCUUCCUGGAUUCGCCUCUGCAUUCAGCUCUAACUUCAACCCUGCCCUUGCUGGCCAGGCUGGGCUAAGUGGUAGUCUCCAGGCCCCUGGAGGUACAGCUUUCCCAGGGCUGCUGUCUUUCCCCCCAGGGAUGCCCAGCUUCUCCACGACAGCGUCUCCUGCUGCCCUCUCUGGUCUUCACAACUCCGGCAUGCAAUCUGCUCUUUUGCAGGCUCACUCUGCAUCAGCGCUCGACAGUUACCCUCCCCAGCCGAAUGGAUUCACGAACUACCCUGCAGCCGCUGGCUCGAGCUUCCCUCUGCAGCCAGGCCUGCAUCCGCCACUGGGCUGGCAGUAAAUCAUUGUGAGCUACAGAGGGCAGGCAUAUCGAAAACGAUGUGACCUAGUGUGUGCAGUGUGCAUAAACAAUGACGAACAUUGUGGACUGUGGUGCUCCGCAUGGAAAAUGGUGUGUCAUAACGCAAUUAUGGGUAAAUUCAAAAACUUAUGUGGCAGCUCUACUCUCCAAUAAUUUCCUGUAGAAGACACUCACGUCUCAAAUCAAGACAAGCUUGUGGUUUAGAGCUCUGCAUUAGUAGAACAGAAUUUUAUUGACUUUUGAGGGCUGGGCUUGACUGCUUGUUAUAUGUAUUUGAAUGAAAUGAAUACUAUUCUUUAGUAUUAUUUUUUGGUAUGUAGUAGGGCUUAACUCUGUUUAAGCAUCAUCAUUUUAAAAAUGAAUACUAAAAUGAAUUUUAAAUAUACACCAGUAGAGGAAAUGUGAAUAGUGUGGGUGUCUAAAUUUUACUAAACUGUUUUACCUAUAUCAUGGAAGUAGUGAGUUAACUGACAUUUUCUUCAAAUGUCUGUCAAAUACUGUACAUGUAAAUACCCAGUGAGAAUGGGUAAAUUAGGGGUUUGCUCUUUGUACUAUAGCUGUUCUGUUUUUUCCCCCAUUAUUUUCCUAAGUUACCUUGCAAAUUUUAAAGGAGUUGCUUUGCAACUCCAAAGUGACUUUAGUGUUACACAUUUUACAGUUGUGCAAUUUUGCUGAGAUUAAGGUCAGAACCAUGAAUUUUGCAUGUAUACAAUGUGU